UGGACAGUUUUGCUGUUUAAAGAAGUGGUUUUUUUUUUAGUUGAGUAACAUUUUAAAAACCACAUAUGUGAAGAGGAAGUGUCUCAAGAAUGAACUUAGUGCAAAGCCAGAUGUGUUUCUGAACACCAGUUGAAGAUCACAGUGAAGCUAUAUGCAGCUAUGUGGAACAGAAAGCAGGGGAACCUUCAACUCUUUACAGGCUUUAUCUUUACUCUUGUCUUGACCUCAUCAGCAUUCUCAACAGGUCAGAUCAGGCUGGCAGGACGUGGAUCAACUCGAUGCUCUGGAAGGGUUGAAGUUUACUACAGAUAUUCCUGGGGAACGGUCUGUGAUGAUAACUGGGACAUAGCUGAUGCUGAAGUGGUUUGUAGACAGCUGGGCUGUGGUCCGCCCAUCAGUGUAGUUGGUUCUACUCACUUUGGUCAAGGAUUUGGUCCAAUCUUGCUUGAUGAUGUUCGGUGCUCAGGAGAUGAAAGCUCUCUAACCAACUGUUUACACAGAGGUUAUGGGACACAUGACUGUGGUCACAGUGAGGAUGCUGGUGUGAUCUGUUCAGAUUCUGGGAUCAGAUUGACUGGAUCAACUUCCUGCUCUGGAAGAGUUGAGAUCAACCACAGCGGCCAAUGGGGAACAGUGUGUGAUAACAGCUGGGAUCUAUCUGAUGCCCAGGUGGUCUGCAGACAGUUAUCCUGUGGUUUAGCAUUAAACGCCACUUCAUCAGCUGUUUUUGGUGAAGGAACUGGUCAAAUCUGGCUUGAGGAAGUGAACUGUACAGGAAGUGAAAGCUCUCUAACUGACUGUCAGCAUCCAGGGUUUGGGACACACAAGUGUAAACACAAUGAGGACGCUGGUGUGAUCUGUUCAGGUCCGGUCAGGUUGGCAGGUACUGGAUCAACUCGUUGCUCUGGAAGAGUUGAAGUCCUCUUUAGAAAUACCUGGGGAACGGUCUGUGAUGACGACUGGGGCAUUGCUGAUGCUGGUGUGGUUUGUAGACAGCUGGGCUGUGGUACAGCACUCAAUGCAACGGGCUCUGCAUACUUUGGUCAAGGAGAUGGACCAAUCUGGCUUGAUGAUGUUCGGUGCUCAGGACAUGAAGGCUCUCUAACCAGCUGUGGACACGAAGGUCAAGGGAAACACAACUGUAAUCAUCGUGAGGAUGCUGGUGUGGUCUGUUCAGACUCUGUUAUCAGAUUGACUGGAUCGACUUCCUGCUCUGGAAGAGUUGAAAUCAACCACAACGGCCAAUGGGGAACAAUCUGUGAUGACAACUGGGAUCUAUCUGAUGCUCAGGUGGUCUGCAGACAGUUAUCCUGUGGUUCAGCAUUAAGUGCCACUUCAUCAGUUGCUUUUGGUCUAGGAACUGGUCAAAUCUGGCUUGAUGACGUGAACUGUACAGGAAGUGAAACCUCUCUAACUGACUGUCAGCAUCCAGGGUUUGGGACACACAACUGUGGACACAAUGAGGACGCCGGAGUGGUCUGUUCAGCAAAUUUUCCAAAUCCCCAGAUCUCUAUUAGCCCUGCUGCUGUGGUCAUCUUGGGUCAACAAGUCAGCAUCACUUGUUCUAUUGCAGCUGCACCUUUAAGUGGAACAUUUAUUCUCCAAAAGACUUCAGGAUCAUUCAGAAUGAAUCAGUCAUCAGAUUCCAACUCUGCUUCCUUCAACAUCCCUAAAGUGUCUGUUGAUCAUUAUGGAGAAUUUCAGUGUCAGUAUGAGAAAAGGAUGUCAAACCAAACAUUCUCCUUCCUCAGUAACUCUGUUAAUCUUACAGUGAGACUUCCAAAGCCCAACAUCUCUAUAAGCCCUGCUGAGGUCAUCUGGGGUCAACAACUCAACAUCACUUGUUCUGUUGAAGCUUCACCUUUCAGUGGAACAUUUAUCCUCCGACAGACUUCAGGAUCAUUUAGAAUGACUCAGUCAUCAAAUUCCUCGUCUGCUACCUUCAGCAUAUCUAAAGUGACCGUGGGUCAUGAUGGAGAAUUCAAAUGUCAGUAUGAGAAAAGGAUGUCAAACCAAACAUUGACUUCUGUCUACAGUGACUUUGUUCGUCUUACUGUGAACCUUCCAAAGCCCAACAUCUCUAUUAGUCCUGCUGCUGAUGUCACCUGGGGUCAGCAAGUCAUCAUCACUUGUUCUAUUGCAAUUACACAAUUUCAUUCCGGAACAUUUACUCUCCAAAAGACUUCAGGCUCAUUCAGAAUGACUCAGCCAUGGUCUUCCAUCUCUCAAACCUUCAACAUCCAAAAAGUGACCCUGGAUCAUGAUGGAGAAUUCCUGUGUCAGUAUCGGUCAAGGCAAAUAUUCUCCUCUGUCCGAAGUGACUCUGUUCAUCUUACUGUGAACCUUCCAAAGCCCAACAUCUCUAUAAGCUCUGCUGAGGUCACCUGGGGUCAACAAGUCAGCAUCACUUGUUCUAUGGCCGCGACAACUUUCACCUCUUCAAGUGGAACAUUUAUCCUCCAACAGACUUCAGGAUCAUUUAGAAUGACUCGGUCAUCAUAUUCCUCCUCUGUUACCUUCAACAUCCCUAAAGUGACCCUGGAUCAUGAUGGAGAAUUCAAGUGUCAGUUUGAGAAAAGGAUGUCAAGUAAAACAUCCACCUCCCCCCUCAGUAACUCUGUUCGUCUCAAUGAUAACCUUCCAAAGCCCAGCAUCUCUAUAAGCUCUGCUGAGGUCACCUGGGGUCAACAAGUCAGCAUCACUUGUUCUAUGGCCGCGACAACUUUCACCUCUUCAAGUGGAACAUUUAUCCUCCAACAGACUUCAGGAUCAUUUAGAAUGACUCGGUCAUCAUAUUCAUCCUCUGCUACCUUCAACAUCCCUAAAGUGACCCUGGAUCAUGAUGGAGAAUUCAAGUGUCAGUUUGAGAAAAGGAUGUCAAGUAAAACAUCCACCUCCCCCCUCAGUAACUCUGUUCAUCUUAGAGUGAGUCUGGAAAGACCCAACAUUUCCCUGAGUUCACCAAAUGCAGGGUUGGUCUGGGGCCCAGGAGGAGCAGAGGUUACCAAGGGUUACGGCUUCUCCUUCACUUGCUCCAUUAACCCCACAUAUCCUCAGGGAGAUUUCUCUCUCAUCUUCUCUGGGUCCAACAUCACAGAAACCAGGCCAGCAGUCAACAACUCAGCCUCCUUUAACUUCCCAGCUGCUGAGUUUGUACACCAGGGCAACUACAGCUGUGUGUAUGAGGUUACCAUGACUACACAGAGGUUCAGUUCUGAUGAGGCAGAACCCAUUACUCUCAUCAUCAAAUCCUCUUCACUGCUGCUGGUUUCCUCAGUCUCCAGUGGAAUCCUGCUGCUGGUCCUGCUGGUGUCUCUAGCAGUCUGCCUGGGCUGCAGGAGGAAACUUUGCUCUAAACGGCCCAUACCAUCUGACCAAAACCAAAUGACUUUCCAGCAGUUAAACACACAAGACCUCGAGAAUGAUUGUGAUGACUAUGAAAAUAUUGACAUUUUUCGCUCAGUAAAGAAGCUGGAGAUGGACAAAGAGUCAACAAGUGAUGAUGAUCCUGAUUAUGAGGAAGCAGACCCUGAUUUAAGACAAAUCAGUGUUGGUGUAAAGGAUUACGCAGCAUCAGAACAAAGAUCGGAAGAAGACGAAGAAAGCACUGAUGAAGAUGUCUAUGUGAAUGUUGAUGCAAUUUGGAAAGAUAAUGAGGUGCAAGUUAAAAAACAUGAAAAUGAGUAUCAAUAGAUGAAAGCUGAAAUUUACCAAGACAAAAUUAGUUAGAAAAAAAGAUAUUUAGCCUGAAAGAAUUUAGUUCAUAUAAGUAAAUGGUCAUCGUGAAGUCAACAGUACAUGAGUGCAUGAUUAUAUAUGUAUGUAUACCUGUAUGAAUUAUAUAUGUAAUUAUAUUGUUUAUUCUCUGUUAAAUAACAUCGCCUUUAUAAGACAGAUUGCAUUUCUAGCAGGCUGUAGCUUUUAAUAUUAGCACUUAGCAGACUUACCAUUAACUUGAAAGUCAUCACUUUUGCAUAGAUCCUUCCUUUCACCAUAUGUUAUCCAGAAGAUUGCCUGAUUCAACAGACCACACAUCUCUGUAGAAAAUACUGUCCUUCAUAGAAUCUUUGCACAUUUUCUUUCCUAACUUAAUGUUUAAAGUCCUGAAAAAAUAAAUAGCUAGCUAAAGUCUUCUUCCUAAAGUGAAAACGUCCACACUGAAGAGUUUUGUGGUUUGGGUGACCUGAUUGUGUUUGGUUUGGCAUGAAUACUUGAUCAGAUCAAAACACCUAAUUGAAAGAACAAUGGUCGCCAUGUAGUCAUGUGUCGAGUUGUGGGAGGACAAAAAAUUUGAACAAGUGAUUUAUUAAAUGACGAAAAACUAACAAGAGAGGAGACAGGAAGGACUGAGUGAUAUUUCAGCUGGAGAGGCAAUUCUUUAAAAAAGGAGGUGAUGCAUUAGGAACAGGGGCAACUGUAAAAGAAAGCAAGUAACUGAAACUGAGCUAGGAGAAAAUGGCUGACCAAAAACACCACAGAACAAAGAAAACAGAAACAGAACACCAGGCUUCAUCAGAAAUAAUUAAAAUUCAAACCAAAACAAAAGUAAUAGAGGAAGUAAAACACAGACUUCUGGGAAAGACACGUUUUAAAAGAAAACAAGAAAUAAGAUUGAGAGAGAGAAUGAGUCAGAGCAUUUCUCCUUUUUCGUAGGUAAAAUUUAAAAAGACCUGAAAAAGAAUUCAUAUUUCCUUUUAUGAAAUAUCAGAACACAUUCGCAGUUUUCUUAAUAUAUUAUGAUAUAUUGUGAAUUUAUUUAGUUUUGCUAAAGUUAUCAAUUUGUCAUUCUUUCCAUAAGCUUAUAGACUGUCCUUAUUACUAUUUUUACUUUAAGCAGUGUAAUUAUAAAAGUAGAAAUGCUUCCAUAAUGUUCCAUGUGUUUAACUGUAAAAAACUUAAAUUUAGUUAACUUCAUAUCAAAAUAAUUACUUGAAAGACAAAUUAAAUACUGAUGUAGCCCAU